UGUUUUUAGGGCCCUGACAGCAGCAGACCUGACCGACGUGUCGCCUCUUCUUCUGCCGAAAGCUGCACUUGAACACACCGAGGAGUGAGCAGCCAGCCAACUGCUGACAGACACGCACACUCUGACGGAGUCAGUUUGUGUAAUAUUACCCAAAACAAACCACUUCAUGACUCAGUGAGUCCGAAUUUGAGAGUGGAAGUUGAACCAAACCACAGAGACUCCAACAUUACAUCACGUCGGUUUGCUGUGACCUCACAGCUCAGCCUCGGGCGGACAACAUCAUGUUUUGACUCGCUCCAAUACCGGACCAUAAUGUCAUCCUUUGCUGGGGAUUAAAACGUGCCACGCUGAGUCAGAGAAAAAGGGGGCACGAUGAACUGUGCCGAGGAACGGGGCAAUGACAUUGGAGGGCAGACAGGCGGCAUGACAGAGGAGAAAUGUCCCCAGCUGGUGGACUACUUUGUAGUGGCAGGUCUCGACCCUGCGGGGCCCUGGAGGCCCCUAGAUGAGGAUGGCAAGACGUCCACCAACUCCUCCUCCACGCCCUCCUCCUCUUCCUUGUCUUCGUCGGGCCGAGCUGUGGAGUCGGUGACGGACCUGGCGGUGAUCGCCCGGGGGCUCGGGGAGGAAGUGCCAGAGGGCUUCACCUGCAUCGAGAAGACACUUGGUGGACACUCGGCCGAGCUGAGCGCCGGCCUCAUCAACAACCCACACCUGUACCUGUGCUACCGCCGAGGACGGGACAAACCGCCCAUACUGGACCUGGGGGUUCUGUAUGAGGGGAAGGAGCAGCUGAAGCAGGGCUGGUACAUCAUCGAGACAACGCCUUACAGCCGCUCGGCCAACCUGAGCACCGGCGGUGCCCCAACGGCUCACCGGGUGUUCCUGACGUACCGGCGGGCUCUGGACACACAAGGCCUCCACACGCUGGGCGUCACAGACAUCGCCCUGCUGCUGCCCAGCAAGGGAGAGGUCGCCCCGCACACCUUCUGCCGCGUCGACAAGAACCUCAACACCGGCAUGUGGGGUCCAGCUCUGUAUGUGUGCUACAAGAGAGCUGUGGCCAAAGCCAACGCCCUGGUCUACAAGGCCAGUCUGAUCAGCCGGUACCCAGAGGAGGACCUGGAGGCGUUUCCUCUGCCGGAGUCGGUGCCGGUCUUCUGUCUGCCGAUGGGUGUCACCGUGGAGAGCUGGCCACUAAACACUAAGUACCAGCUGCCCGUCUUCUCCACCUUCGUCCUCACCUCCGCCUCUGGGGACAAGGUUUACGGAGCAGCCAUCCAGUUCUACGAGUCGUUCUCCAGGGAGCUGCUGUCGGAGCGGCAGAGCGUGAGGCUCGGGCUGCUCAGCGUGGUCGACCGGCGGCCGAUCACCAACCGCAGCCUGCAGGUGAAGAAGAGCAUCUGCGUCCUCUCCCACUGGCCCUUCUUCACCGUCUUCCAGAAGUUCCUCACCUUCGUCUACAGAUACUCCAUCUCCGGACCCCACGUCCUGCCGCUCGAAAAACACAUCUCCAGCUUCAUGCACAACGUCCCGUUUCCCUCCCCCCAGCGGCCACGCAUCCUUGUUCAGCUGUCUCCGUAUGACAACCUGCUGCUCUGCCAGCCGGUCUCCUCUCCACUCCCACUCAGCGGUGCAAGCUUCCUGAAGCUGCUGCAGAACCUCGGUCCAGAAAACGCCUGCACGCUGCUGCUCGCCGUCCUCACUGAACACAAACUGCUGCUGCACUCGCUCCGCCCCGACGUCCUCACCUCCGUCAGCGAGGCCCUUGUCUCCAUGAGUUUCCCCCUGCGCUGGCUCUGUCCCUACAUCCCUCUGUGUCCGCUGCAGAUGGCCGACGUGCUUCUGGCGCCGAUGCCCUUCAUCGUGGGCGUCCACUCCAGCUACUUUGACCUGUACGACCCCCCCACUGAUGUGGUGUGUGUCGACCUGGACACCAACACCAUCUUUCAGUUGGAGGACAAGAAGCCGUUGUCAUGGCGAUCGUUACCCAGGAAGCACGGCAAGACCCUGUUCAACACCCUCACCAACCUCCACAAGACCCUGGAGAAGAUUUGCACUCCCGGUCAGGAGGAGGCGACGUUGGAGUUCCUGUUGACUGACUACGAUCAGAUCUACAGGAGUCAGAAGCAGCUGGAGCUGGAGAUCCAGGAGGCGUUCCUUCGCUUCAUGAGCUGCCUGCUGCGAGGAUACCGGACCUUCCUGCUGCCCAUCACCCAGGCACCAUCGGACACCACCACCGACUGCAGCUCCCUGUUCAACCUGCAGGGUUUCCUGAAGUCUCGGGAUCGAACGCAGCAGAAGUUCUACAGUCAGCUGACGAGGACUCAGAUGUUCACUCAGUUCAUCGAGGAGUGCUCCUUCGUCAGCGACCGGCACGCCUGCCUCGAGUUCUUUGACGAGUGCGUCCAAAAGGUGGACGUGGAGAAGCCGGAGGAGGUGAGGCUGAUCGAUCUGGAUGAGACUCACGGCGGAGAACACACAGUCUUCAUCAUGCCUCCUGAAGAACCUCAGGAACCUGACGGGUCGGAGUGUCCCGCCCUCUACAGUUAUGAAACCUUCCCCACACUGAAGCCAGAGCUCUUUGACCGGCCCCAGGACCAGCUCCGGGUCCCUGCUAAGGGCAGCGCCCCCAGUAGUCCCGCCCCCCGACGCACAAAACAGGAGAUCAAGUUGGCCCAGAAGCGAGCUCAGAAGUACUCGGCGGUGCCGGACAUGUGGUCUAAGUGCCUCCUGGGUCACUGUUACGGCCUCUGGUUCAUCUACCUGCCCACCUUUGUUCGGGCGGAGAGCGCAAAGGUGCGCGCGCUGCACACGGCGUACGACGUCCUCAAACACAUGGAGAAUCGCAAGGUGGUGCUGCCGGAUGAGGUGUGUUACAGGAUCCUGAUGCAGCUGUGCGGUCAGUACGGUCAGCCCGUCCUCGCUGUUCGAGUCUUGCUGGAGAUGAAGAAGGCUGGAAUCACACCCAACACCAUCACCUACGGAUACUACAACAAGGCAGUGCUGGAGAGCAAGUGGCCCUCCACCAGUCAGGGUGGACGUCUCCGCUGGGCCAAGCUGAGGAACGUCCUGCUGGCUGUGGCCCAUUUCAGACAGCCAAUCAAACAGCGCCAGAAGAGCGGCUCAGUGGGGUCGCGGGGAGAAGCGAUGGCGUACCCCGACCAGAGGCCCCGCCCCCACUCCUCUCUGAUUCGUCAGUCCAGUUGGAGCGGUCUGUCUGAAAGCUCCAGUCAUGAGUCUCUGACGGGUUCACUGGUGAAGAGCAACAGUCUGAACAGCAUGAAGACAUCCACUGACAAGAAGAAGAAGUCCGUCCUCCGUAACGAAGGUACCAACGGCUGCGGUGACGGCGUCUCCCGUAAACCUCCGAUGGGACGCAGAGACACAUCCACCCCGCCUCCAGCGCCCCCCGGCGGUGUCCUGGUUCGGCGGAGUCAGGUCUGCCUCUCCACCUUCUACAAAGAGUGUGCAGAGACGGCCGACUCCGAGCCGGACUGCAGCUGCCAGCCGGCAGAGAGAGACGGCAGACCUGUAGGAACGCGUGACUCGGCCGGCAGUCAUAAGGUUGUAGACGAAAACUACAACAACGUCUCCUCCCCGAGCCGAGGAGGCCUGGCAGGGAAACUCCAGCAGCUUCUCACUCCGACCAAAAACCGAGUGUCUGUUCGACGAGCCGCCAGCGUGGACGACCGGCGAGGAGGGUUAGGACGAAGACUGUGUGAACAGAGGCAGUCCAGGAAAGCCCAAGUGGCUGAAACACUGCUGAAAGCCAAGGAGAGGCUGGUCACCGCUACCUCAGAGAGUUCGUUGUCUGUAGGAAGUGACCUCGACUUGGCGGACACGCCCAGUCCAGCCUAUCCUCUGCGCAGGUCCUGGGACGCCAAUCAAGAGGGGACGGGGCUUGAGGUGUUGAUGUCCAGCUGCUCACUGUGUCGCAGCUGUAACUCGUUGGUUUAUGACGAGGAGAUCAUGGCCGGCUGGACGUCGGACGACUCCAACCUGAACUCGUGCUGCCCGUUCUGCUGCGCGUCCUUCGUCCCGUUCCUAAACGCUGAGAUCUGUGACCUCGGACCCCUCAGCAGCGCGGAGCGCAGCAACUGGAACGUGGAGGACGAGGUGGAGAGUGCAGUCAGGCCCCCCAGUGGCCAGGAAGCCUCCCUGCGACACCAGUGUAACGGUCUGAGUGAAGACUCCAGCUCCGAGACCAGCAGCUACUCCGAGACCAGCAGAACAACCACGGGUUCGUCAGGGGCCGGUGCUCCCCAGGUGACGGUGGCCUACCUGAGCCCCCUGGUUCUGAGGAAGGAGCUGGAGAGUCUGCUGGAGAACGAGGGCGAGGCGGUCCUGGCCCAGCCUCAGUUCCUGGACAACCACUCCAUCAUCUUCUGGAACCUGGUCUGGUACUUCCAGCGCCUCAGCCUGCCCAGUAACCUGCUGCAGCUGGUCAGAGCCUCGCCACUGGUCAGCCAGUUCACGCAGCUGGAGAACUCGGCAGUGAGGGUGAGGCUCCUCUGGGACACCCUGACCCCCGACACAGACCAGUGGCCCCCCCUCUACAUCCUCUGGAGGAUCCACAGUGGCGUCCCGAUGAGAAGCUACAGCUGGCGGAGACACAACCACCCGUUCACUCUGUCCUUCCUGGAGGAGGUGCUGCGGUGGGUCGGCAUGAAUGAGGUGCACAAAGCGGUCACCCUCUUCCUGGACACGCUGGCCAAACAGCCGGGCUCCGCCUGGACACAGAGGAGUUUGUACAGAGAGUUCCUCUUCCUCACACUGGCAGCUAUGGGCAAAGACCACGUCGCUGCGUUCGAUAAAAAGUACAAGGCGGCGUACUCUCGGCUCAGCAGCACUCUGGGUCGAGAGGAGCUCCAUAAGAAGCGAGCUCAGCCUCCCAGCCCCAAAGCCAUCGACUGCAGGCGCAGCUUCCACCCGCCACUCGAAUGCUGAUUAUCCAGGAACCAAAUGUGCCACUCGUCCCUGAUGACUCCUGCAGCAUUCAUCCCUUUGAGGGGAAGAGGAGAAACGGCAAACCCAGCAUCCCUGCUGCCUUCACCUGCUUGUAUUCUUCACCUCUCUGCUGCCUCCCGGUGGAUGUCGGAGUGACGCGCUCCUUCCUGUCCUCUGUACCUCUGUUUGCCUCGUCGAUGUGAAUCCAGCAGCUCUUUGUCUCCAUUAAAGAUCCUGAAAGUUGAUCCGGCUGCAGCGGACGGCGCUGAGCUGGACUGAAGAGCUCGUACAGAAACAAAACACUUCUCUCAACAAGGGUUAACGCGCUGAGCCGAGAUCUACGAGGAGCGCUGUAUCGACUGAAGGCAAGGAAGCUCGGGUUCGUGCAUGUCCAGAGGGAUCAGCUGUGUUGGUGUUAACUUUUUGUUUUUCCAUGUUUUUAUAAAAGACACAACCAGAAGAUUCAAAUCGGACUUGAAGAGCAAAAGGAAUCUGAUCACAGCGUUGUAGGACGUCAGAUUAACCUUUUUACCAGCGUGACCAAGGAAGACAUUUGGGAUUUUAGUAGGAAAAGGGUCAAAUAAAGGUUAAAAGGGCAGAGCAUCCAUGAAACGCUCCAAACACGACCCAGAAAGAAGCUGCAGACUUCAAGAAGACUUCAAACACCAGGAAACGUCGUGUGGUUAGCUUUCUCAAAGGAAAUGAGGUCAGAAAUCAAUGUUCGUUAUCAAGCAGUCAAGGAAACGAACAAGAAGCAGAGACUUUCAAACUCCCUGAAUCUUGCAGAAGGCCGACAGUGUUCCCGCAGCUCAAUGUGAAGCUACUGAGAGUUGAUCUCUCCCAGCAUAAUUAAAGAAGUGGUUUUUAAGAAGUAAUAAAGUCAGAAGCCAUCCAUCAUUCAGCUCUCGAGGAAACGAAACAAGAAGCAGAGACUUUCACACUCCCUGAAACGUCAGAUCUCCUGUUCUGCUUGUUGAUCUUCCAGAGGGCAAAGACUGUCAGUUUUAAUAUGAAGCCACAACAUAUUUUAAGGUUUUGAAUUUUUUCCAAUGUGAUUACGGUGGCUCACUAACGCUUUGGACUUUUGGAACUGAAAAGGCGCAGAGAUCAUCCUUCAAAUCAGGAAACGCAACAGAACAAGAGGCUCGUAAGGCUUCAUCCAGAACUCCGACUCUGAAAGAUUCACUUAAGUCUCAAAAUUUGUAGAACGUCAGUCAGAGAAUAAGUUCACCUUCGGUCGGUCACGUCCGAACACAAAGGGAAACAAACCCUGCAUCUAAUAAUUAAUCGUUGUCUUAGCCGGGUUCCAAACUUCUUAAUCACCGCCACAUCUCCGAGUUCUUCCAGCAGUUCAAACACGUCUGGUGUUGUGCUCAUUGACAGCUGUUGGAGCCAAUCAGAGCUUUGGAGGCGGGAUGAAGAACAGGGACGUCGUCUUUCCGUGCCGGAGCCAGAAAAGUCUGCCACAAAAAAUGGCGGCAGGUGCGGAUGAGAUGUUUGCGGCUGUACAGGUUGUCGUGAGUCAGCUUCGAGAAAUAACAGCUCUUAACUCAACACAGUCCUUUGAUCGACGUGACGAACGCUGAGUUGACUGCUGCCGGCGCCCUCUACCGCUGCGUCCACUGCGUCCACUGGAGGUGACGGUGACGGGACGGAAACGUCACUCGCUGCUGACAAAAUGGCAAUUCAUCUAUCCAGUAUAUCACAAUAAAAUACAAAGAUUGGAUACGUUUGUGUAUCAAAACUGUUUGUUUUUCAUAUUUCCCAUCCCCUCUUGCGACCCCUCAGAUUUACCUUGAGACCUCAUGGAGGGGCCCCGACCCCCAGGUUGGGAACCACUAUCUCCGUGGAAUUGAUUCUUCACAAAGAUUUACCAGCUCAGAGGGUUGUCGGGCAUUUCCAGCAGGAUCGCGGCAGUUUGAUUAAAGGUUUCAAAGGAUACAACCGUCUUCCAUCUGCGUCAAACAGGAAGCCAACGCCACCCUGAGGCGCCCAUCGUCUCUGCUUGGAUCUGGAUCUUCUUCGGGACCCGGUGGACUCACCUGGAGGCCACAGCAACGUCAAGCUACUGUGAAGUGUUGUAUGACGUCGGCUUGGUCGGAAACCGCUCCCACCUGGUUGUUUCCUCAGAGUAGAAUCGUGCCUGGACGUGAAGGGCGCCGCCAUCUUGGCUUGUUUUGGACAGGAGGAUGACGGAGGGAGGGGCUUCAAUUCAGACAAGAUGAUGAGACUUUUUUUAACAGACAGAAAGAUGGGAGAAGAAAACUGAUAACAUACAAGCAUAAAGGCCUUUGAGCAGCUGGAGACGUUAUAACUUCUGAUUAAUGUAAGAAAAUGUCCUUUUUAAACAAAUUGAAAACUAAGAUGACGUAAAAACAUCACGUUAUUGCAUUUACUGCUGAUUAUGACCUCGGUCUAAUAUUGUAAAAUCUGUAUUAUAUGAAGAAAAAAAAAGUGUAGAUAGUUAUUUAUGAUUUAAUGAAACCCGGAGAGUUUGUGUAAUAAUGUGAGUCUUCCAGCUAAAGGACAUUUUUUUUUAAUCAGCAGUUAUGACGUCCCCAGCUGCUAAAUGGCGACAAGGAUUAUGGCUAUGUCCAUUUCUUUUUUUAUAUAGUUUUAUGGGUUUUUUUCCUUUUGAUGUAAAUUAAAGGGAGUUUUAGAAAAUGUCUCAACUUCAGGGAGAAAAUGAAAAGAUGAGGAGAAACUUGAGGAGGGAUUAAUGGACACUGUGUUUGUAGACCCACGUAGUUUUCAGCUGCAAGUGUCUGGUUUGGGUUUAGUUAAAUACACUUGAUUUUCUUUUUAGGUGGAAUGUAACGAUAAUCACAAACAUCACAGUCAGGAUCUUUUUUUUUUAAACAGUCAAAGCUGUUCAAUGUUAUCAGACCUGAAGACCCCUUUUCAGACGUUUAAGCAGAAAUCCUAUUUCGCUGCUCAAAUAAAUUCCAAACGGACGAGUCGACCGCAGCUUUUGCUCUUCGAAGGUGUGAAGGUUAAAACCUACAGAAACUUAGCAGCUUUUCAGAGCUUUCGACCGCAUCUCACGGUCUUCAUCGGCGAGAGAAAGUGGCUCGGGACGGAGCGAACUUCCACGCUUGGGUCACGCGAUGAUGUGCCGAUGAAGACUAUGGGGUGCGGCUGAAGCCUCUGAAAACCAAGUAAGUGGACUCGUGCACGUACCUGCAGCUCAAAUACAGACAUUUAUCAUUUCAUCAACACUACAAAACCUAAACGCUGGCUGCGAUACGAUUUUAGAUUUCGGUUAAAUUGAUCAGGAUCCUGAAACAAGGUCAUUCUAAUGCGUUCUGACUAACUAGCUGCAUCGUAACCUGGAGUAUUAUUAUUAUUAUUAUUAUUAUUAUUAUUAUUAUUAUUGGAUGGAUUGCAACUUUCUGUCGCGUAGUCUUUGUCGUGUUCGUUGUCCCAAACCAGACACUCCUGCCGUCGCUCACUGAGCAGCAGCUCCACUAAAACCGUCUUGCUCCGCGGCAUCUGGGCAGCAGCAGGCGGGUUGUGGGGAUUCGAACCCGCAACCUUACAACCACCUCAUAGAUUCUGACGUUUGACUUAAUAAUAACUCUGUUCAUGCUUUACAGUAAAAAAAACAAAUAGAAAAUUGAGUUACUCGUCGCUGAACUUCAGUAAAGAAAAAAUACUGAGAAAUUUAUUGAUUUCACUGGAAAUUUGUGCCGUUUUUUUAAAUGCUGAUGUGACCUUUUUAUGUUGUUCUUUAAGGUUCGGGAACACAACACCAACUGCAGUGAUGUAGAAGUGUAGUCAAACACCGUAACAGGGCGAGAGCUUCUUCAGCUGCUGUUGAAGUCGCUCUGGAAAGGAACAGAUUCGUUUCUGUCUCUUUUUGAUCGAUCAGUUCGGGUUUAAUGACUCUCUGAGUGAUUUCCUAAUAACGUAAAUGGGGGAAACAGGAAGUGUCAGCUGCGUGCUCGGCUGCGAUCAGUGGGUUGUAUAUAUCAUGUGAUGCAGUGAUUGGAGCAGUCAGUCGGCCAGGUGCCCUGGAGCAAAACAAAUCUACAUCUGCAAACUCAUUUUGCGUGAAAAUAUCGACUCAAACUAAACAAAGUUUACUGUUGAAAAAGAGUUUUAUUUUUUUUGUUUUGAAUGUGACCGUUGAGUUUUUGUCUGCUGAGGAGUGAAGGUUGUGUGAGAGUGAGGGUGUUUUCCCCCCUCGCAGUGUGUGUGUUCGUGCACUGGACUGCAGUUUAUUCACAGUUAAAUUGAAGAGGGGAAUUGAUUUUUGUCUUGCAGGAUGGUUUUAUUUGGUUGAGUGAUUAGUCAGCGCAGAGCAAAGGAGUGUAUUUAAAAUAGAUAAUUGUGUUUGCUGUUGUAAUUUAUAUAUGGCUGUGAUUUCAGUUGUAAAUGUGUUUGUUUUUUUGUUUGUUUGUUUUUUAAGAAAACACAAAAAUAAAAGACAGGGAUGAGCCCGAAAUGUC